AGCUCUCUUGGUAAGUGUAACAUGUGAGCAUUACUAGGCAUUUCAUCCUGCGGGUCUGCAGUCUUUGCUCUUCAGACUGUUGGAAUGCUUCUGAGAGGCCGAUCCUGAGAUUCUGUAGAUAUUUUCUACAGACUAUUCAUUUGGGGAUGUCAUUGGCAUUUUGCAAGAUCAUCUGAGGAAAUAGGAAAGCAUCUGAAAUCGACUGAGAAGAAUAACUGUGGCGGUUUUCUCUUGUGGAAGGAAACUAUAUUGGCACAGAGGCAGAUGAUUGAAUAAAGUAGUUGGCUCAAAGAAGAUGCACAGUCUGCUAUUUUUUUUCCCUCUGAAUGAAGACUGUUAAACGGAAGCUGUAUUCAUGUGGAGAUCAAAUGAAACACAGGAAUGAUAAACUGGUUUUUUUUCUUCUUCUCUCUCGUUUUAAAAUGAAAACCCUGAAGCAGUAAUUUGAGCUCAAAUGCCUUCUAAUUCCUUCGAACAGCGUGCUUGUUCUAUUAGGAUUCUCCACUAUCACCAUUUCUGCCUGGUGCCUGUGCCCUUUUGCUGGAGCAGCCACGGACAACUGCCUGAUAGAGAAAGAAUGAAAGCUCUGCCUUGCUUAUUCUAUCGAUGGGAAUAAAGCUAUCUGUGUUUCUUCUAUUAUAUGGGAAAUCUGGAUUAAUCAAGCUGUAUUCUAGUACCAAGAGUCCUAUUGUCUCUUGUGGUCUGACUCAUCACAUGUAAAUGUACUGCAGCUUUGCUAUUAAUGCAGAGUAUUUUUCCCCCUUUUCCAAACACAGAAACAAUUGUUAACCUCUGAGCUUCAUUUUCAGGAUUUGUGCUGAGCUCUAGAUCUUUAUUUUUUAAAUUUCCUGGAUAAGAUCUUUAUUGAAUUUGUGAAACUGAAGAAAUGAAGACAAAUUAGAAGUGGAAACAGAAUAGUGAGGUUUUAUUUUUUAUUUUUAAUUGAAAGCAAGCCAACCUACUGGUUACUAUAUGACCUUGCAGGCAAGAGUGGGUAUAGCUGUGAUCAUCUCUGUCAUAGCAGUUGUUUCUUACUUCAUUCUGUAUCGUGUGGUGUUGUGUCACCAAAAACAAUAAUUGUUUUGUACAAGUAAAUUUCAGAGAGCAGUAUUAUUAUUUUGGUGGGGGAAAUAUUUUAAAAUGAGCUUGUACUGGACUCAGUUAUAAUUAUUGACAUGUUGAUUAAAAGGUUUUUUAAGUAUUAUAGUAACUAACAGAAAACAGAAUUUUGUUAUUUUUAGUAAGUUUCAAGUUAUAUAUCAUAAUUUUAAAUUUCAGUUUCUGUGAUAGUACUUAGUAACUUUAUAAAACCAGCUGCGCUGUUCAAAGAAUGUUUGUAAGUGUUGUUCAGAAGAGGAGGAAAAACUACUUGUGCUCUUUCAACUGUGGCUUUUAUCACAAAACUUGGAAUUUAAUGUUUUAAAAGAGCGAAUGAGUCGAGUGUGUAUUGUUGUUUUGGAGGAGGUAGAAGAUGAGUCUCCUGAAUUCAUUUCUAAAUUGCCACAGGAAAAUAAAUCCCUGCAUUCUCUACCUUCUGGAAAUGUAUUGCCGUCACUGGUGCAAGCUAUUUUUAAUGGAGAUCCCGAUGAAGUUCGAGCACUAAUAUUUAAGAAAGAAGAUGUUAACUUUCAGGACAAUGAAAAGAGAACCCCAUUACAUGCUGCUGCCUACCUUGGAGAUGCAGAAAUCAUUGAACUCCUUAUUCUAUCUGGAGCUAGAGUUAAUGCCAAAGACAGCAAAUGGUUGACACCAUUACACAGAGCAGUUGCAUCUUGUAGUGAGGAAGCAGUUCAGGUACUUUUGAAGCAUUCUGCAGAUGUUAAUGCUCGAGACAAAAAUUGGCAAACCCCUUUACACAUCGCUGCUGCUAAUAAAGCUGUAAAGUGUGCUGAAGCUUUGGUACCUCUUCUGAGUAAUGUAAAUGUGUCUGAUCGAGCCGGAAGAACUGCAUUACAUCAUGCAGCUUUCAGUGGACAUGGUGAGAUGGUUAAGCUACUCUUGUCCAGAGGUGCCAAUAUUAAUGCUUUUGAUAAGAAGGAUAGGCGUGCUAUCCAUUGGGCAGCAUAUAUGGGUCAUAUUGAAGUAGUGAAAUUACUUGUGGCACAUGGAGCUGAAGUGACAUGCAAAGAUAAGAAGUCUUAUACGCCUCUUCAUGCAGCAUCUUCCAGUGGAAUGAUCAGUGUAGUCAAGUACCUUCUAGAUCUUGGAGUAGAUAUGAAUGAACCAAAUGCCUAUGGAAAUACACCUCUUCAUGUGGCCUGCUAUAAUGGACAAGAUGUUGUCGUUAAUGAACUGAUAGACUGUGGUGCUAAUGUAAAUCAAAAGAAUGAAAAAGGAUUUACUCCUUUGCACUUUGCUGCUGCAUCAACACAUGGAGCACUGUGUUUAGAACUUUUAGUUGGCAAUGGGGCUGAUGUCAAUAUGAAGAGUAAGGAUGGGAAAACCCCUCUGCACAUGACUGCCCUCCACGGUAGAUUCUCCAGAUCACAAACCAUUAUCCAGAGUGGAGCUGUAAUUGACUGUGAAGAUAAGAAUGGAAAUACCCCUUUGCACAUAGCAGCACGUUAUGGCCACGAGCUGCUGAUCAACACUCUUAUCACAAGUGGUGCUGACACUGCAAAGCGUGGCAUACAUGGAAUGUUCCCCCUUCACUUGGCAGCCUUAAGUGGUUUUUCAGAUUGCUGCAGGAAACUUCUUUCUUCAGGAUUUGAAAUCGAUACCCCAGAUGAUUUUGGCAGGACUUGUCUACAUGCAGCUGCAGCUGGAGGGAAUUUGGAGUGCCUAAACCUCCUGCUGAAUACUGGUGCAGAUUUCAACAAAAAGGACAAAUUUGGGAGAUCUCCACUGCACUAUGCUGCUGCCAACUGCAAUUACCAGUGCCUGUUUGCUCUUGUGGGAUCAGGAGCAAGUGUGAAUGACCUUGAUGAAAGAGGCUGCACACCCCUACAUUAUGCAGCUACAUCAGACACAGAUGGCAAGUGCCUGGAAUACUUAUUAAGAAAUGAUGCAAAUCCAGGGAUCCGGGACAAGCAAGGAUAUAAUGCAGUUCAUUAUUCAGCUGCUUAUGGUCACCGUCUAUGUCUGCAACUGAUUGCGAGUGAAACUCCUUUAGAUGUUUUAAUGGAAACCUCAGGGACAGACAUGCUGAGUGAUUCCGAUAACAGAGCAACAAUCAGCCCUUUACACUUGGCUGCAUAUCAUGGUCACCAUCAAGCACUGGAAGUGUUGGUACAGUCUUUGUUAGAUCUUGAUGUAAGAAAUGGUAGUGGAAGAACUCCCUUAGAUCUUGCAGCAUUUAAGGGCCAUGUUGAGUGUGUGGAUGUACUCAUUAAUCAGGGAGCCUCAAUCUUAGUAAAAGAUUACAUUUUGAAGCGAACACCUAUACAUGCAGCAGCAACAAAUGGUCAUUCAGAGUGCUUACGGCUGUUAAUAGGAAAUGCAGAACCACAGAAUGCAGUAGAUAUCCAAGAUGGAAAUGGACAGACACCUCUCAUGCUGUCUGUGCUCAAUGGGCAUACAGACUGUGUGUACUCACUGCUGAACAAAGGAGCAAAUGUAGAUGCCAAAGAUAAAUGGGGAAGGACAGCAUUGCAUAGAGGGGCGGUUACAGGCCAUGAAGAAUGUGUAGAUGCAUUACUUCAACAUGGUGCUAAGUGUUUACUACGGGAUAGCAGGGGUCGGACACCUAUACACUUGUCAGCUGCCUGUGGACACAUUGGUGUUCUUGGAGCCCUUUUGCAGUCAGCAGCAUCUAUGGAUGCAAAUCCAGCCAUAGCAGACAAUCAUGGAUAUACAGCACUUCACUGGGCUUGCUACAAUGGCCAUGAGACAUGUGUAGAACUUCUUUUAGAACAGGAAGUUUUCCAGAAAAUGGAAGGAAAUGCUUUCAGUCCUUUGCAUUGUGCUGUGAUAAAUGACAACGAAGGUGCUGCUGAGAUGUUAAUUGAUACAUUAGGUACCAGCAUUGUGAACACCACAGAUUCAAAAGGAAGAACUCCUCUGCAUGCAGCUGCCUUCACAGACCAUGUAGAGUGUUUACAGCUAUUGCUCAGCCAUAAUGCUCAAGUCAAUUCUGUGGACUCUUCUGGAAAAACACCUCUCAUGAUGGCUGCAGAAAAUGGACAAACAAAUACAGUUGAAAUGCUGGUUAGCAGUGCUAGUGCAGAUCUGACAUUACAAGAUAACAGUAAAAACACCGCCCUCCAUUUGGCUUGCGGCAAGGGUCAUGAAACUAGUGCCUUGUUAAUACUGGAAAAGAUAACAGAUAGAAACCUCAUCAACGCAACCAAUGCAGCCUUGCAAACACCUCUGCAUGUUGCUGCCCGAAAUGGGCUAACAAUGGUGGUUCAAGAACUUCUGGGGAAAGGAGCAAGUGUCCUUGCAGUAGAUGAAAAUGGCUAUACUCCAGCUUUGGCCUGUGCUCCCAAUAAGGAUGUGGCUGAUUGCCUGGCUCUCAUUUUGGCCACCAUGAUGCCUGUCUCAUCUAGUAGCCCUUUAUCAUCCCUGACGUUCAAUGCUAUUAACCGUUAUACCAACACCUCAAAAACAGUGAGCUUUGAAGCCUUGCCUAUCAUGAGGAAUGAACCUAGCUCCUACUGCAGUUUCAACAAUAUUGGUGGGGAACAGGAGUACUUAUACACCGACGUCGAUGAGCUCAAUGACUCUGAUUCUGAGACCUACUGAGAGGCUAAGCAAAAGAUCUAAGGAAGGAGUUCUGACACUAAAGCUGCAAACUGUGCUUUUUCAGGAAAAAAGCACUGUUAUUCAUAUUCAACCUAAGAGGAAAGAGCGCACAGUGAGCAAAUGUAAGAAAUGCGAUGACAUUAGGAAGAAGAAUUUUAAAGGCAAGUUUUGCAAAAGGAACUUCUAGAUUAUUGAAAUAGACUUGACCAGAGGAAAACACAUUGAUGUCAGAUUGCUUUGUGGAAUUUUUAAUUUGGCUUUGCAGUGCCAGAAAUAAUUUGGGACACUGUGCACCCUAACCUGCUUACACAAGCAACACUAUUGUAAAAGAAGAGAUAAGAACACUAGAUUUAAAAUUAUCAAUAAAAGUACAACUAAAUUUAAAGGCAAUAAAAGUUUGGUACAGUAGGCAUUAUGUGCACAGCAAAUUGCCAAAGGACCAAAUAACUUAAAGAUUUUUUAAUAGAAUGCCAUUUUGUGGAAACUGGAGUAGGUGAAAUGAGACGUUACCUAAACCAAACUUCAAUAUUUCUGAAAAUGAAGUCAAAAUUUGGUUUUAAAUGUGGAUUUUUUUUUUAAAGAAAACAUCUUGAAAGCCUUCCAAUACUGUAUUAAACCAUGAAAGAAAGCAGAUGUAUUUUUGCAUUUUUUCUUUUGCAUAAAAAUUUUAAAAUUCCAAUUUUUAUAAUAUUAGAAUUGAAAACCAGCUGACUGGGUGCAGUACGGGUGAAAAUACUUGUGAAAUAGACAUGAGAUGGAUUGGGGUUGGGGCUGUUGGACAGAUUUCAGUGGUUUGGGUUCAAAAUGGAACUAUUUUUGUUUAAAAAGGUAAGGAAUUUCCUAGAAUAAAAACUUCAUGGAAUCAAAAGGUAGAUUAUUUCACCCUAUUGCAAUUAAGUGGUCCUGGGGAAUGAAAGUCAACUUCACUACUUUGAAUGACACUGAUUCGUCACUUACAUUACUUUUGUACCUCCAUAAUGGGUUAGAGGAUUUUUGUUAUCAUUUAUUUGAUCUUUGAGUUUUGAAAAAGUACAGAAUCAAAAAGAAAUAUUCCCUUGUUAUUCAUAAAUUAAACAUCAUCAAGUCUCUUGGAAGGCAUUUCUGUAUUAGGCAAGGUUCAGAUUUGGAGUAGCAUGUUGGUAACUUGUUACUCUUUGGAGGGAGAAGCACUUGCCUGCCAAAUUGAAGGCUACCUUUCAAGUAACAAAAAAAGAGAAAAGGCUGACAUUUGGACUAAUACUUUAUGUGGUUCUGAUUUUACUGUAACUGUCACUUUCCCAGUAAAAAUGAUUUCACCUAUGUAGGAGGUCUUAGGGGUCUGGGUAAAGUUCAUAAAUUGCAGCAAAAUGAUACCCAAUUUUAUUUUAUCCUUUUGUAUUGUGAAACUGGAAACUUUAUGACAUUGUAAAUUAUCAGCUGGUUUUCUGAAUAUAAAGUGUGAAAACACAGAACAGUAUUUUGAUCUAUUUGAUAAUUUUGUGGGUUUUUUGAAAAAUUAAUGAGCAUGUACAUAGAAAUAGUGACUGCUUGAAUACUGUAUUUACUUGCACUCUUUCAGUACAUCAAGAUUCCUGUAUAUUUUAGAGUAUAAUAAAACACAGAUGUGAGUUGUAUUUAAUGAAUAAUGUAUUUGUAUCUGUGAAUAUUAUCUAAAAAAAUCUAUAAAGUUUCUAGGGCAUUGAUUACUAGAUUUUAAGCCUUUUUUCUAAAAUAUUUACAAAGAUUAUAAUCAUCCAUUUUUCUUUAUAAUAAAGAAGUCAUAAUUAACCUUCCUAAUUAUUAGUGGUAGGAAGGUAAAUAUGCAUUUUAAAGACAGUAGACUACAUUUUCUAUUGUACCUUUUGAAAAAUAAGAAAACUCAAGAGGAUUCUAAAAGUAUACAUAUGUGUGCUUUCUCUUUCCUUUUAGGAAUUCUCUUCUGAAUUCCCUGAGGGAGUUUUCUAGAAUCUCAGAAUUGAAAGAGACCUGAGGUUCAUCCAGUCUAACCUCUUAACAAAUGCAGGAGUCCCUUCUACAAGGGUGAUCUUUCCACCUUGAAUACUUCCAGUGACUCUACCUCACCAAGCAGUCCAUUCAGUUGUUGAGCAGCUCUAACUGUUAGAAAGGUCUUCCUUAGAUGGAGUUGACGCCUCCCUCCUGGUAACUUCUGUCCUUGGGCUCAGGUCUGUCCUCUGAGAGAAUGUUGGAAGGAUGAGUCUCCCUCCCUCUGCCAUGUCUUCUCUUUCACAGGUUGACUCCUUUGCUGAAGUGAUUUCCGAAGGACUCAUCAGACACACUCUUAGAUUUACCACAUCUAAUGAAAUCCAAGGUGUAGCUAUAAAGUAACGAGUCUUUUUCAUUUAUAUUCACACAUACUAGAACUAGAUCCUGCAUCACAGUAUGUAAAUGAUGCCUUUACUGAAAACAUUUGAGUAAUUCUUGGAUUUCCUGCCCACUAGGACAACUUUUCUGUUGCUUUUUAAUCACACAUGUGACAGUCUGUCCCCCAACUUGUGCAACCAUUUUCUCUGAUACACUCUUGAUGAGGGGGAUUGCAGUGUACUGUUCGAGAUAAUAUUUAAACUGCAUCAGUAUUUGGAAUAAGGACAUGAGCUACUUGAAUGAGCAGACAUAGAACCACAGUAAGUUUCUUUAUAGUUACACCUCAUGUGUCAAAAGCAUUCAGGCCCUGUUCUGUUGUGUUUCUUAUCUCACACAGAAUGGAAAAGCCUGUUUGCUUUUUUUAACCUCUGCAUGAAAGGUGACAUCUGAAAUCUCUGAUGUGUAUUAUAAUACCAGCUUCUACUCAGAAACAACUUGGGGAAAUGAUGGUAAAAGCAAAGACCUCCUUUAAAAGGACAUUCAACUCAAAACAGUGCCAUUUAGUUCAGAAGACCUCAAAAUGUAGCUGUAAAUUUGGGGUUUAAUUUGGCUUAUAUUGGAUCUUUUAAAUAAAAUUUUUAAUGCAAUUU